AUGUAUCACCAAAAACGCUUUCGCUGUCAAUACACCAGAUGUUGCUUAGCCGACUUAUGCAAACGAUUAAUGGAUGGAAAAUUCCAGUGUCCAGAUUUUUAUGAAUAUGAACGAUAUUUGAGUAGAAUAGACUGGAUUACAUCACAAAAUCCUGCAGGUAUUAAAUCUUGCAUUAAGCUACUGCUACCAGAAAUUCUACCUGAAUAUGUCAAACAGGUUAUCAUUCUUGAUGUCAAUCUGCUGUUUAAUGCCGAUAUCCAUGAUCUGUGGAAUCACUUCAGAUAUUUUACAGGUCCUCAAAUGAUAGGCAUAACAACUGAACAGAACCCCUAUUUCGAGACUGUUAUGAGCAGUCUAGUUAAAAGUUGGAAAGGGUAUGGAUACAAUACUGGAGUUGCUUUAUUGGACUUGACUAAAUUACGUUCCAUACCAUGGAAUAAUUUAUGGAUGAGCGCUACUAAAUUCAUUAUGAAAAAUAUGGGUUAUUUAACGAAUGCUGAGCAAGAUGUCAUCAACCUAAUCGCCUCCAGAAGCAAUGAAAUAUUCUAUGAAAUCUCGUGUGACUGGAACAUCCAGUUAAGCUCUGGUGUUGAAACACGAAGAUGUCCUGUUAGCUGGCGAUUAGAAAAUAAAUUAGCUAACAAUGAGGAUAUAGCUAAUAGGAAACAACCAAAAAUCGUUCAUAUGAAUCAUCAGAUCAAACCAGAGGAUAUUGACAUGGAAAAUAUAACAAACAUGGAUACAAACACUUCAGAUGUGAUCUAUAGUGCUAAUCUCCUCUACAAGAUAUACCUUAAAGAAUACUUCAAAUAUCGACUUGUCAGUCGAAACUGCUUUCAUUAA